GAGUAUCCAUGACAACGGAGAAUUGCUUACAUGAGAAAACAGCAGACUGAACUUUCCAAAGACCAGUUAAUGAUCAAAAAAUACCCAAAUUGCAGGUAAGUUGAAGAGAGCAGGAGAAAAUGGAGGUUCUGACCACUUUCCCCUCAUCAUCAGGGGGACUGUGAGAUUGGAGGGCGGGAUGAAGGAUUUUUCAGCAGAAGUUUAAUUCUCAUCAAGACUUUCCUGUAGGAGCAUGAUUUGAACUCCAGCAGCUCUCUUCUCUUCGUGGAUUUCAGACACUGCAGGUGGACUAAAGAGUUCAGACAGACUGACAGCAGUGGGGUAGACGUGCCUGCAGAGCUCAUUAACUGCAGGUGUAAUCCAGGAUGUUACUGUGAAGGAGUAUCUCUGCGUCCCGACUACUGAACUAUUAGAUACGGGUGUCCUUGCAGGAUUCCAGGACAGGAACAAAACUUCCUCUGCUGUAGUGACAGCCUCAGUCAAAGCACACAGGCUCUCCGUCUGAGUGCAUCACGGAGCCACAAGCAGUGAUGUCGAGCCGCAGGGGUCCCUCAUUACCACAAUACAACACUUCAACCUCUACCUUGGCCUUUGACCAGCAUUUCACCACGACUGCCAAAGGAAUGCUCCUGCUGGCCGAGAUAGUGUGUGGUAUGUUGGUGUGGAUUCUGGUCGGGGGUACAGAUUAUUUUCAUCUGCCUUCUCUCUGCUGGGUCAUGUUUGUGUCCAUCCUGUUCUGGAUUUUAACAGUAUGCCUCUUUGUGAUUUACAUCACCGGAGUUCACCACAGGAUACCGCAGAUGCCCUGGACGACACUGUCGCUGUGUUUUAACUGUAGUGCAGCUGCUUUGUAUCUGGUGACAUCAGUGGUGGAGGCUGUGUCCCUCAACCAGGCCGUUAGGGGGCGCCACAGCUACAACUGCUGGGCAGCAUCAGCGGUGUUUGCCUUCCUAACCACACUCUGCUACGCGAGCAGCAGCUACCUGAGCUACCGUGUAUGGAGAUCCAAAGAAGAGGAGCAGUAGCCUCUUCUGUUUUCUUGUUUUGUUGCAACAGCAUUCACACUUCCUUGUGCGUCAUCGCAAGAUAGGGAGGCAGAGGAGCACUUUCUUUAUCAACCAGCACUGUCGAUGCUGCGUUUAAACCACGAUGAAGUCGAGUUCACUGAUAAACCAGAUCAAUUAAAAAAACAGCAGAGCAAAAGCUUGUUCUGGGCAGUUCUCAGCUACGUGAAGAAAGACCAGUGUUAAUAUUUGUUUUGUGUUAACGUCUUUAUUACAUAUAAACAUGAUUUUGAUUAUUCUUAUUAUAUAUAUAUAAACUUUAUAUGCAGACACUGGGUCCAGAAUACAAAACGAUAUACAGACACAGACAUUAUUAAUAUUUUAUUUGUGACUUUUUAAAAAUGUGCAAGGUCCCAAAAAUAAAAAACAACAAAAAUAUUUAACUUUUAGAGAGCUCACGAAAACUGCAUAUCUUAUGAUGAGUUGUGUUUUGUAUAUUUUAAUGAUUUUUUUUAUGACUGACUUUUCUAAAAAUCUAUGUGAUAUAGUAUGAGGAAUAAAAUAAA